UCCAAAACAUCCUUCUGUGCGGCUUCACGACCGCUUUACACAUUUUGUUACAAAUGGCACCACCGAAAUUAAAGUUACACAAGAAUACUGGAAAGCUUAAGUCUAUCCCACGUCCCAGCACCAUCCCGUCACCGGAACACGGAUCUUCUCCCGGUGAUGCACCGGAUGCACCUCCAUCUGAAGCCGAUCGGCAAUUCGAACUUGAGCUGUACUGGUGCAUCCAACAACUAGAGUCAUCGCUUAAUCUGCUAAAUGUUCGUGAAAACGGCAAAAAAGUGGAGGAAACUUCCAAACUGAUCAACAAACUGAAAAGUGGCUCGCAACCAAUCAUCCGUAAAAGGCAAAUUAUGAGAACCACCUUUGGUGAUUACCGAAGUAAGAUGGCCUCUGAAGAGCAAACGAUGUCUGUAAAUCCGGACAACGUACGGUUCGAAAAGCCGAAAGAGAAGGCCACAAAGUACCACUUCGUGAAGAAAUCGGCAAUUUUAACUGGAGAUAACAACUUUAAGUUUAACUUCCCAAUGAACGUUAGUAACUCGGAAAACGUGGGAGCAGCUAAUGUUUCUUCAGAUGAGAAGCACGUUGAAGUGAAAGUAAUACAUACGAAUGCAAACAAAAUCGUUCCGACGGGUAACUUGUUUCGGUUUAAUUUUGAUAUUGAAUAGGCAAUUAUGAUAGAACAACUGAUGCACAUAAUACCAUCUACUGUGAAAAUAUUUGAUUCUGGAAGGUUAAUUUAACUGCUUCCGUAUGCAAGUAAAUAAAAGUGCAAAACAAGAU